GUUUCGGCAUCUGCUGACCCUCGUUUGUGGUUCCUACCAGCAUGGUUGCCAUCUCGUUCACACCACUGUACGGCGUUCAGUCGACGGAACGAAGCUGCUGCUAUCUCCUGGAGGUGGAUGACAUUGGGAUUCUCCUUGACUGUGGGUGGACAGAUGACUUCGACGUGGCGCUGCUUGAACCCCUGGCCAAAGUCAUCGACAAAGUCGACCUCGUGCUCAUCUCGCAUCCCGAUUUGGCGCACAUGGGCGCCCUGCCGUACGCCAUGGGCACACUCGGCCUCAAAGCGCCCGUGUACGUGACGCUGCCCGUGUACCGCAUGGGCGAAAUCGUGCUCUACGAGGCGUACCAGGCUCGGACCAAGGACGAUCUCGAGUUCAACCUGUUCACGUUGGACCAUGUGGACCAAGUUCUGGAGACGUUCAUCCAGCUCAAGUUCUCACAGAAACUCAAGCUGUCUGGCGAAGGCGAGGGCAUCUACAUCACACCGCACGCCGCGGGGCAUCUCAUCGGUGGGUCCAUCUGGAGCAUCGCCAAGGAAACAGACGAAAUCAUAUAUGCCGUCGACUACAACCAUCGAGCAGAGCACGUGUUGAGCAAAACGGUCUUGGACACGUUCACGCGCCCCACGUUGCUCAUCACUGGUUCCAUGUCCCUUGACAAGCAGCAACCCAAAAUGCGAGACCGCGACGAACAACUCAAGGAUGAAAUCGUCCACGUGCUGCGACGAGGGGGCGACGUGUUGAUUCCAUGCGACAGCGCCGGUCGUGUGUUGGAAGUGCUGCACGUACUAGAUCAAUAUUGGAUCAAACUCAAGCUAAAAGACCCGAUUGCGUUGCUGCACACAAUGAGUUUCUACACCCCCAAGGCGGCCCAAGCCAUGCUCGAGUGGUGCAGCGAGCGCAUUUCCAAGAACUUUGACAUUGGGAAACCCAAUCCGUUCAAUUUUACACAUGUCAACUUGAUCCACAACCUCGACGAACUGGAUCGGCUGCCCAGCCCCAAGGUCAUUCUGGCGACGUCGACUUCUUUAAACCACGGGUUCGGCAAGGACCUGCUCAUGAAGAUGGCCCCGCUGUCAAAGAAUGGGCUCGUGUUUGUGUCGACGCCCGUGCCGGGCACCGUGGCCGCGACCAUCCAUCCCGGGACGAUCGUGAAGCUGAAAGUGUCGAGGAAUGUUCCAUUGGAAGGCGCGGAAUUGCUGGCGUACGAGGCCAAGGAGCGGCGGCGACUCAUCGACGAAGCGGAGCUGAAAGCCAAAGAAAUCGAAGAAGCGGCGCUCGAGGACAUGAUGAUGACGAUCGCCGAGUACGAGUCGGACGACGAAGGACAGCCGCCGACGAAUGCACCUGGUGCCCAAGGCCCCCCUACGGACAAGGCGGCCCCAAUGCAAUUGCGAGGGUCGUUCAAAGUCGGGUUUGGUCAGUUUGCGACGGCCAAAUUCCCCAUGUUCUUCACCAUGGACACGAAAUGCGAAUGGGACGAGUAUGGCGAGAUUAUCCGUGUGGACGAGUUCAAAGACGUGCAUCAAGCCAAAGCUCGCUUGCGUAAAGCCAAAGCCGCCUCCUCCUCCUCAAAAGAAGACGUCGACAUGGGCAACGGGGACGACGAAGAUGAUGACGUCAACGGCCUUGCCGCGGCCGAUCGACGGCCCAUGAAGACCGUCCAUUCUUCCCAACACAUUUUCGUACGAAUAGUUGUUUCGAACGUAUUAGCCAAUCAAAUGAGAUUCUAUGUUUUGGAAUGGACCAAUCACAAGCCGUUUUGGGUUCUCAUUUUUCGACAGAUUCAAUGCACCGUCCAGUUUGUGGACUUUGACGGCGUCGCCGACGGCCGCGCGAUCAAGAAUUGCCUGGACAAUGUCAAACCACGCAAGCUAAUCCUGGUGCAUGGCACGCCGGAAACCACAACGGAACUGCAGGAAUAUGUGCAGACUACGAUCGAGCAAUGCGAAGCGGUGUACACGCCACACGCGAACGAGUGCAUUGAUAUCGAGUCCGACACGACCGUGUACAAGCUGUCGCUCAAGGAAUCGCUGUAUUCGUCGGCGUUUUUUCAAAAGGUGCGACUUGUAUACGCUUCAUGCGAUACGUACUGGAUGGAGUAUACAUAGGUUGGGAGCCACGACGUGGCAUACAUCAACGCGACAGCCGAAUUCCACGGCGCAACAUGCAUCGUGGACGUGGCCGAGCAAGAAUACCACACGCCCAUGCUAUUGUCGCAAGGCAAGGUCACGUUGGCCAUGUUGAAGACGUUGCUGGCACGUGCGGGGUUCGAAGCCAACUUUUACGGGGGCAUGCUGGUAUGGAUAUGAAACUUGUCCGUCGUCAUCACGUGAACAUGAUGUGUGUAGGUGUGUGACGACGGCGUGGUGUUGAAGCGGUCGCGCAACAACGAAGUCGUGAUGGAAGGCACGCUGUCCUCGAGCUACUACCGCAUCCGAGACAUUUUAUACCAGCAGUAUACUUUGGUUUAAUGGAGUAGAACAGCAUCUGGUUUCGCAUAAGAAACUUCACCUCCUUUCAAUCACUUCUCAGGUUGAUUCGGUCGGUCAAGGAUACAACCACCUCAUCUCCAAAGGUGUUUGAGGCGAG